AUGUCUGUUGUCGCACAAACCGCCACUUCUACCACCGGCUCAGCUGUAGCUCAUACAGCUGUUGCUGAAAAUGUUGCUGUUAAAUCAGUCGUCAGCACUGAAACUCAAUCCAAAGUCAGCUUGGAAAAUACACAAAAGAUGGCUGCUUUAAUGAGCAAACUUGGUACAACUCAUCAACAAAUUGAUGAAUAUUCUCGCCGUCGUACCGAACAAAUCUCCGAAGAAGUUGCCGCAGCUAUCAAUCGAAUUGUUGCUGAAACUCAAAUUCAACAACAAACUCUCUUAGCCGAUGCCAACGCUCGUUCAGCUGUCGUCGAAGAAGAAUAUAAACUUAAAUUACAAAAGUUCGUCGAAGAACUCGAUGUUGUCAAAGCUCAAAACUUAGCAACGCUCGAAAGAGACUUGAACUUACGUCAAGAGAUGAUCCUUGACGAGGCUCGCAAACGCAUCGAUGAAUUGAAUGAAGAAGCUAACCGAUUGAAAAUGGGUGUUUUGCGUGAAGCACAAGCUCAAGCUAAUGCUAAAGUCGAAGCCAUCACCGGACAAGUUGCUGCUUUGGGAGCUGAAGAUGCCAAUCGUCUCUUGACAUCCACUGCAACCACAGUUAUCACAACUGAAGCUGUAGCUACUGGUGCAACUCAUGUUGAAGGUGCAACAGUCACUGUUGGUGGAACUAAAACCGUUCAAAGCGAAUCACAUUCAUCUUCAUCUUCAUCCUCUUCGAAAGCAGUCACACACUAA